CUCUCUUUCCUCCUUGUUAACGUUCAUUUCUCUGAGUUGGCAAAUACAAGGUUACCACUUACCAGACAGGAUUCCUUUGCUUCUCUCGUAAAUGGCCACAGCAGCCUGCACAGUGCAGCGGGUCAACAAGGCAUCGUCCGAACAGUUGCUUCGCAAAUUUGCCGAUAUGGAAUCAGAGCCAGCCAGACGGUCGAAGAAAAUGAAGCCAGUUCCUAGCAGCUCACGCAUGACCAGUGCGUUGAUUGAAAGGAACUCGCUCCUGCCGCCGUCAUCAAAUCAGAGAACCAGGAUGUUUUGGACUUUCAAGUGCAAUAAAUCAGGUAGGAGAGCAAGGCAGCUGCUCCGGAACCAAUUCUUCUUGGCAUUGGUUAAGCAGAGAUGGGAUCAGACAGUUGAAACAGCUUCUAAGAUGCUGCUGGAGAAGCAUUGCAAUCCACACGUUCGACUGAAAGAUGAGUCAGUGUGACAGCUGAAAGUGAUUAUUAUGCAUCGUGGUUAGGUCAUUAAUCAUAUUAAGAAAAAAUGACCUACAGGUUACCAAUAGAAGUUAUAGAAUCUACACCUUUUUCCUUUUGUUUUUAUUGCUGACCCCCUUCCUUGUUCUUUUCAAAGAUGAUAAGCCGUGCCCAAUUUAUGAGUUAGUGGAAGCCUCUGUUGCUUUAGUUGAAGAAAUUCACAAGUCGUUUGUUAGAUGCUAUUUGGAGACAUGUAAAACUAGCAAUCAAAAUGGGUAUCCGUGCGUAUGUCAUCGACCAUUCCUA